AUGUAUGUUAUACUUGAUGUACAAGAAUUUGAAAUACCCGAAUUUUUUCGUUUAGAAGGAGAAACGUCGAAGAAGAUGGGAGAAAGAUUUGAAUUGUUUUGUAUCGAAUUGUUGAGAAGAUAUUUUGAAAGAUUAGGAUACAUGCUGGCUCCAGCUAAAUAUGACUAUGAAACAUGUACUCAAUUAAAUUGUCAAUUUAGAGGAAAUAAUGAUGGAGGAGUGGACAUAAUAGUAGAAUUAUGUGGAUAUAAAAUUGCAAUACAAUGCAAAGCCUACUUUUGCCAAAAUAUAGAUAGAAAACUUUUAGAUGAAUUCAAGACAGUCGUACGUGAAGGUGAUUUUGAUUUCGGUGUUUUCGUUGGGGUUUUAGAUAGAAGAAUUUCAUUGGGAGCGUAUGUAUCAGCUGGAAAAUCAGAACAUGAUAUUAUCGUCGCAACUUAUAAAAAUAUGUGCGAAAAUAUCAAGAACUUAAUCGCUGGUCGAUUAAGUCAAAAAUUUUGCGCCUUAGAAGAUAGACGUAGAUUCUUAGAAAAUAGACGUAGAUUAUUAGAAGAUAGUUGUAAAAAAUUUAAGUUUGCUAAACUGGAGCAGAAUGAUAAAAAUACUGCCACUGAAAAUGCUGGAGUUGUGAAAUUAGAACAGAAACAAUUACAAAACGAUUCUUCUAAUAUCAUCGAUACUAGCCCUAAAUUAUUAGAAGAUGAUACGGGAGAAAAUAAUCAAUCUUCGGUCAUUACCCCUUGUAAAAUGAAUUCUGAUGAACUUAAUAAUGCUCCAAAUUCUGAUGUAUCUUUUGAAGAUAAUUCAUCAGAGCAAUCCAAUUUAUCAUGUGAAAUAAAAACCGUUACCAGUGGUAACGAUCAGAACUUGGAAUUGGCAUCCGAUACAAAAACUGUUAAUAUUGAUAAUAAUGCAGAAUUAUAUUCUUCUGAUUCAUCUGACGAAGUAUCGGGACUUGAUAGGAAUCAAAUUACUGAACAGACUUUAAAGCGAGAUUUUACUAAAUCUACUGUCAUAGUAAAAUCUAAUGAGAUAGAUAAUGAACUCUCUUUGGAGAAAACAACUGGGGAUUCUACGCAACGCUUGGCUUAUUGGUUUGAAAAAGCCAUCAAAUCCGAUUAUGAGAAUUCAAAAACCGUUACCAAUGGUAACGAUCGAAUUCAUGUGGCUGAAAUUUCAACCGAGGGAUUUGGAAAGAGAUAUAUGUUUCUAUCAUGGUGGAAUAGAAAGAAAAGAAGACCCUAG